AUGUCGACCCCACCACAGCAGCGCCCACCUCCUUCCCCCGCUGCCCCGCCCGCCGUCGCGCCCGCUCCUCCGGCGACCGCCACGCACACGCUGCCCCUGCCCCUGCCGCGCGCCUUCCUCGCCACCUCCGCGCCGCAGCGCGCCCCGCCGCCGCCGCUCUUCACCGGCCGCGCGCUCAACCCUAACCCUACCCACGCCUCCCCCACCCACGGCAUCCUCUACCCCGUCGGCGCCACGCCCUCCUACCCUGCCUCCGCCGCCGCCGCCGCCGCGGUCGCCAGCCACCGCCGCAUCCCCCAGCUCCCCGUCGGGUACCCGCGUCCCCACGCCGUGGCCGUCCCCGUCGCGCGCUCUCCGCACCCGCAGGUGCCCACGCAGCAGCGGUCCUACGCCGCCGUGCCGCGGGCCGUGGUGGCGGGCGUGACCCCGCGUCCCGAGCAGCCUCCGCGAGGGGUUCCCAUAGCCCCGCAGCCUCACCCCAAGGUUGUUACUCCAUCCCCUCGCAAUCCAGGUCCAGCUGUUACUCCAUCCCCUCAAGAGCAUAGCAACACAAAGGAAAGAGAAAGUACCAAAGAAGACGCUUCAACUGUGGUGAUCAACGAUCGCAAAGUUAAUGUGUUGGACAGUGACUCAGGGUCCUUGUAUGCUCUUUGCCGAUCUUGGGUGCGCAAUGGUGUUCCACAUGAAAUUCAGCCAAGCUUUGUUGGAAACGUUGCACCACUUCUUCCAAGACCUUUGCCUGCUUCAGUUGUAGAUUCUAGGCUGUCUGAAAAGGACAAGGAUGCUGAAGAUCAAGAUUCAGAAGAAGAGAAGAAUGAUACUGGUGAAUAUACUGCGGCUGACUUACUGAAGCAGCAUGUAACUCGUGCAAAAAAGAUACGUGCUAAAUUGCGCAAGGAGCGGCAAGUCCGGAUCGAAAGAUAUAAGCAGCGUCUUGCACUUCUUUUGCCACCACCCCCACCUCCACCUAGCGAGUAGCGAGCAGUGACAGACUUCCAUUAAACCGACUGUUUAGAUUGCAAGUGCCUUGGCUUCCAUGUAGCCAUUGUGUUGUCAUGUUACAUUACAACAUUAGAAGAGGCUUAGAGAUCAUUCCAGUUGUUGUACCAUUACUUGUGUUUUAGGAUUCGUUUUGGCUUCCUUAUAAGUUAUAACCAACAGUAGAGUUUGCAUCUUUGCCUAGGAAUGUGUUGUUGCAGACAGCUUAGCAUUUUCAUGAAACAAUUUGCCCCAUGUAAAUAUGAUUUAAGAAUC